AUGGUCUUUCCACAAGAAGGAGAGCUGUGGUACUGCCAAGGAAAUAGUAUAGUUCUUCUCGAUACAACAAAGUCUCCCGACGAAGUCAUCUGGGUUGACAAGUCGGUCGCAGGAGAUAUAGUAGUCCAGGAUGUGACCCCUAUUAGAGAUGCCGUCGUUCUCGAGGAUUCUGUAUGGUGUUACGGAGGUAAUCUAAGCGAUACGUUGUGUGAGAUAGACGUGCCGACGAGAGCUCACGUAAGAAGCUGGAAGAUGAAGGACCUGCGAGGGAGCGAGGCGACUAGAAAGUCGGGAGAGUUGCACACGAAGAACCGAUGGUGUUUGUGGAAGCGUCUCGCGAUGAGUGCACCGAAAUCGUUCCAAUGCAUGGCAGCUGUGUAUGACACAAUCUGGAUGGCGUGCGAUAACGGUGCUAUACUCGUUGUUAGCAAAGAAGGCGACGAACUUCGAGUGCUGGCAACCUUGUGGUGCCGAUCGGUGCUCAGUCAUGUUCUUUCGCAGAAACGCGCUGCAUGGCCGACGGUCGUUAUUUCAAGAAUGAGGCAAGCAGGAGAUCGUGUUCUAGUCUACAGUAGUGUGUCGUCGUCUGCUGAGAAGGUUGGAGAGCGCUCGAUUAUAUGUGAAGUGUACGAGGCACGCAGGAGUUCGAACCUGAACAGAAGGAACUCACCGCAUACUAUAAUAUACACGAUGCUUGAUGAACCGAUGCUAGGGAGGUAGGGGAGAUGUGUUGACCGUAAG